AUGUCUGAAAUCAAGUCUGUUCUUUUAAUUGGUGGUGCUGGAUUCUUGGGUCUUCAUCUGAUCCAACAAUUUUACGAUGUUUCUCCAAGGCCUGAUAUCCACAUUUUUGAUAUUAGACCUCUUCCAGAAAAGAUUUCAAAGCAAUUCACAUUUGAUGUCAAUGAUAUUAAAUUCCAUAAGGGUGAUUUAACUUCUUCUGAGGAUAUUAAGAAGGCUAUUCUGGCAAGUAAGUGUAAUGUAGUUGUACACUCCGCUUCACCUGUCCAUGGAGGUGCUGCUGAAGUCUAUCACAAGGUUAACGUCACUGGUACCAGAAAUAUUAUUGAUACCAGUAAGAAAUGUGGUGUUAAAGCCCUAGUAUAUACCUCGUCUGCUGGUGUAAUCUUCAAUGGUCAAGAUAUUCACAAUGCUGACGAGACAUGGCCAAUACCAGAAGUCCCAAUGGAUGCCUAUAAUGAAACCAAAGCUAUUGCUGAAGAUAUGGUCCUGAAGGCUAAUGAUCCAGAUAACGAUUUCUUGACAAUUGCGCUAAGACCAGCUGGUAUAUUUGGACCGGGUGAUAGGCAAUUAGUUCCAGGUUUGAGAACUGUUGCUAAGCUUGGUCAGUCAAAGUUUCAAAUUGGUGACAACAACAACCUGUUUGACUGGACAUAUGCAGGUAAUGUUGCUGACUCGCAUGUUCUGGCUGCCAAGAAACUUUUAGAUCCAUCCACAGCUGCUAAAGUUUCUGGUGAAACUUUCUUUAUUACUAAUGAUACACCAGCAUACUUCUGGGCCUUAGCUCGUACUGUCUGGAAGGCUGACGGUCAUGUUGAUAAACGAGUUAUUGUAUUGAAAAGACCACUUGCCAUUGUCGCUGGUUAUCUAUCUGAAUGGGUUUCUAAACUUGUUGGUAAAGAGCCAGGUUUGACUCCAUUUAGAGUCAAGAUUGUAUGUGCUUAUCGUUACCAUAAUAUUGCUAAGGCCAAGGAAUUGCUCGGCUACUAUCCUAAAGUGGAUAUUGAAGAAGGUAUCAAGAAAACUCUGGCCUGGAUGGAUGAAGGUUUGUAA